GGUUGGACAAUGCCAGCGUGUCACGGAAAACAAAGAGAAGCGGAGUUUUGUUUGUCUGCACUGAGACCAUACGAACAUCACGGUUUAGCACAAACGCUGUUAUACAGUUAACGGCGACCAAGCUCAAGCGCUCAACUUCAUGCUCAAACUCAUCGAUCGGAGGAGCAAGCAGUGAAGGAUCCGUUUCUCUCUCGCUCUAAUUCGCUUUCUCUCUCUAGAAAGGAGGAAGGAGAGGAAUAUCGCCGGGAAAUCGAUGAAUUCCGGCGGGAGGUUGUGAGUCGGCCGGCGAUCGAGGUAAGGGAAGUGAGCGAAGAGAGAGAAAGAGGUGGUCUGUUGUGAGCGACGAUCGAGAAAUUAAUGAUAGGAGAGAGAUAUAUUUUAUUAUAGAGAGAGAAUACAUGUGGUUAACGUGCAAUGUAGGGAAAAAAGUUGAGAGAAGGCAUCAUCAAGGAGGCUUAAUUUAGAGGUUCUUGCACGGCACAGAUUCCUAGAUUCCUUCUUCAAUUUUUCGCUUGCCUUAUGCCGUAAUUCAUUCGAUUUCUCUCGCUCUAGCAACCUCGAUCCCUCCCUAGUUUUGUUAAAUUCUUCAAUUUUUCUCUCUAUAUGUAUGUGUGUAUAUAUAUGUUUCAAAUUGACCUUCAUAGUUAAUAAAUUGUGAUUCUGAUUGUGAGUCGUUCGGAGGAGAUGGCUUUCAUGAUUUAAAAGUGUCAGAAGCUAGAGGAGGAACUGUUUUGAGUAUUUGUGUGCUUUUUUAAGUUGUGGGAUCACCAUGCCAUCUGAAAUCAUGGACCCACAGGGUAUGUCUCCCUCAUCAUUUUUCUCCGAAGAAAUAUGUUUCCAUAAUGAGGCAUGAAAAUGGAUGCCAAAUUACGAAGAGAAGUCGGCAAUUCAGUUGCUUCAUCACCCAUGGAGAAACGAAUAACAGUGGAUUCUCAGAUGGUUAAGUGCCUUGAACCUCCUGAUUCUUACCUAAUCCGAGACCAAAAGGUUAAUUUUAGCUUAAAGAAGCACGCUGUGGGAGCAGAGAGAGCAGCCAUUCAAUCCUUGCAGAUACCUCUUGAUUGUGAUCGUGGAGCAAGAUCUAGUAUGAAUAGGGAGCAAACAUCUUAUUUUGUUGGAGAGGACAAACAUAAUGUUAUGGGUGUUCAGCACAAGAACGGUCUCUUCUCAAGCUCGUUGUCAGAAUUAUUUAGCAGAAAAUUGAGAUUAUCAUUAAACGAUACUCUAUAUGGUCAUUCUGUUGGCAAUGCUGCUUCUCACUAUGAGGAAGAUGAACCUUUUGAAUCCCUCGAGGAAAUUGAGGCUCAAACUAUUGGAAAUCUUCUUCCAAAUGACGAUGAAUUACUUUCUGGAGUGACUGAUGGGCUUGAUUAUAUUGGCCAACCGAAUAGUGGAGAAGACAUAGAAGAUCUGGACCUUUUUAGUAGUGUUGGAGGGAUGGACUUAGGAGAAGAUGGGUUUUCACCAGGACAAAGAGAUUCUGAAUCUUUAGGUGGAAAUUCUAACAGUCAGCUUGGAAGAUCUAGUAAUGCAAUUGCUCGAGAACACCCUUAUGGGGAACACCCAUCUCGAACGCUGUUUGUGAGGAAUAUUAAUAGCAAUGUUGAAGAUUCUGAGUUACGAACCAUUUUUGAGCAAUAUGGAGAUAUCCGCUCGCUUUAUACAGCUUGCAAGCAUCGGGGCUUUGUCAUGAUAUCCUAUUAUGAUAUUAGAGCAGCCCGAAAUGCAAUAAGAGCACUUCAAAACAAACCAUUGAGACGUAGGAAGCUUGACAUACAUUUCUCAAUUCCGAAGGACAAUCCAUCAGAGAAAGAUAUCAACCAAGGCAAUCUUGUGAUUUUAAAGCUUGAUUCUUCUGUUUCACGUGAUGAACUCUGUCAAAUUUUUGGGGUCUAUGGAGAGAUUAAGGAGAUCCGUGAGACUUCACCUGGAAGUCGUCGUCAAUUUAUAGAGUUCUAUGAUGUUAGAGCUGCAGAAGCUGCUUUUCGUGCAUUGAACAGGAGUGAUAUUGCGGGGAAGAGAAUUAGGCUUGAACCAAGCCGUCCUGGUGGUGCUAGACAGUGUUUGAUGCCACCCUUUCCUCUAGAGAUGGGGCAAGAUGAAAUCCGUCCAUACCUACAACAGAAUAGCCCUCCUAAUAACUCAACAACAAUGUUUUCUGGAAUAAUUACUGCCAGACCAGUUUCACAGGUAGGAAUUACAUCUUCUAGCAUGGAUAAUGGAACUAUUUUGGGUCUACACUCUGCAACUCGAUCUCCUAUUAGUCCAUUUUUGGAAAAUGCCUUCAACCAUGGGAUUUCAUCUAGCGUUCCUAAGAGCUUACCCUCUCUGGUGCGAGUUGAAUCAAUUGGCAAUCCCUCUGACCCCACUGAGUCUGGCCACUCACCAGGCCAACUGAACAUUGAUUUCCAGGGCACACCAAAUUUUCAUCCUCAUUCGCUUCCAGAGUAUCAUGAUGGUUUAGCGAAUGGUGCUCCCUGCAAUUCUCCAGGCAUGGCUGCAAAUAUCAGUGCCAGACCAUUAGAAAGAAUUGAGAACCUGCAGUUCUGUAGAGUUAGCUCAAAUGGGCACUCAAUCAAACUAAGUGAAGGUGUUUUUGGUCAAUCUGGAAAUGGAAGUGGUCUCUCUCCUGGACAUCAUUAUGCGUGGACUAACCCACAUCACCCUCAGCCACAAGGCAUGAUGUGGCAGAACUCACCAUCAUUUGUCAAUGGGGUUUGUGCUGCUCCCAGAUCAUCAUCUCAUAUGCUGAACACAAUUUCACCCAUAAAUAAUCACCAUGUGGGAUCAGCACCAUCUGUUAAUUCUUCUCUCUGGGACAGACAGCUUGCCUAUGCUGGCGUAUCCCCUGAUGCUUCUGGUUUUCACCCAGGUUCUCUUGGAAAUAUGAGAAUUUCUGGUAACUCACCACAUUCUAUGGAAUUUGUUUCUCAUAACAUAUUUCCCCCCAUUGGUGGAAGCUGUAUGGACCUGCCGAUUCCCUCCCAAAACGUUGGGCUGCACUCCCAUCAUCAGAGGUGCCCAUUGUUUCCUGGUAGAGGCCAAAUAAUUCCUAUGAUGGGUUCAUUUGAUUCUUCUAAUGAGUGGGCUAGAAGUCGUAGACAUGAAGGCAGUUCCAAUCAGGGUGACAACAGGAAACAGUUUGAACUUGACAUUGACCGCAUAAUGCGAGGGGACGACAAACGGACAACACUUAUGAUAAAGAACAUUCCUAACAAGUAUACUUCAAAGAUGCUUUUAGCUACAAUUGAUGAACACCAUCGAGGAACUUAUGAUUUCAUCUACUUGCCCAUCGAUUUCAAGAACAAAUGCAAUGUGGGUUAUGCCUUCAUCAACAUGACCGAUCCUUCCCUGAUUGUCCCAUUCUAUCAGGCUUUUAAUGGAAAGAAAUGGGAAAAGUUUAAUAGCGAAAAGGUGGCAUCAAUAGCAUAUGCUCGCAUACAGGGAAAAACUGCUCUGAUUUCCCAUUUCCAAAAUUCAAGCUUGAUGAACGAGGAUAAACGAUGUCGACCUAUUCUCUUCCACACUGAGGGUCCCAAUGCAGGUGAUCAGGUUCCAUUCCCAAUGGGUGUUAACAUUCGAUCUCGAUCCAGCAAGAACAGAAGCAGUACCAGUGCGGAAAACCAUCAAGAAAGCUCAACAAAUCUUGCAAAUGGGGAGGGAUCUUCCAGUGGUGACUCAUCUUCAGGCUCUGGAAAGGAUUCAGACUGAGCAAGACACAUCUUUUUUGGUCGGAACUAACCUUGUAGGAUCAAAACCAAAAAGUAUAUAUAUAUAUAUAUAUAUAUAAUUAAAUUAAAAUCACCCAAAUUUUAGUAAAUUAUAUUGAAGGGGUUGACGGAUAAACCGGUGGGGAGUAAGAACUUGCUACUUUUAGCGGCUUUUGGAAAGCCUCCUAAAAUCCAGAGAUUCAUGCUUGACCAAGUUAGUGCAUUACCCAUUUUCAUGGAUGGGGUAUCGGAAUACUAAGGCGGUUAGAAAAAGGAGCAACAUGUGGAGCUUCAAAAUUUUGGAUGAUUUAUAAAUAUAUGUAUGUAUGUAUGUAUUUAUGUAUGUAUAGGAGUUUCGGACACUUGGAGGAGGCUUCUAUACUCUUACCUUUGUCUUGUUUUCAUUUCUUACUUUCCGGUACAUUUUGUUUUCUGCAAAGAGAUGGUCUCGUGAAACUCAAAACUGUUCAGGAAUUUUUUGUAGUUUUGAACUGCUGAUUUGUUUUCUACUUCCAGAUCCUCUGCUAAUCCACCGUUUUUUUUGUACUCAAACAUUCGUAUAUAUGGAGUAUGUUUUGAUCAUUUAAUUUA